ACAUUUGUUUAUUUAAAGGGGAUGAAACCGCUGAAAAUUUUUACAUUUUAAUACAAAAAAAAAACUAAUUAAUAUUAAUAACCCAAGAAUAAUCUCCACGUAACACUUUAAUUAGCAUCCUUUAAUAUUCAAUAACAUUUUCUCUAAUAAUAAUGGCCAGUUCAAGUACUACAGAUUUACCAAACGAUAAUAAUCAUGUAAAAAAUGUUGCCCUUAUCACAGGCAUUACCGGGCAGGAUGGUUCAUAUCUAGCAGAACUACUUUUGAAAAAAGGCUACGAAGUUCACGGUAUUAUACGACGUGCAAGUACAUUUAACACUUCCCGUAUUGAACAUUUGUACACCGAUCCAAAAGCUCAUAAGGGUGGUCGCAUGAAAUUGCAUUAUGGUGACAUGACUGACAGCAGUAGUUUAGUGAAAAUUAUUACUUCAGUUAAGCCAAAAGAAAUCUACAAUUUGGCUGCCCAGAGUCAUGUAAAAGUUUCUUUUGAAUUGAGCGAAUAUACUGCCGAAGUCGAUGCUGUCGGAACUCUUCGUCUUUUGGAUGCCAUUAGGACAUGUGGAAUGGAAAAAGAUGUGAAAUUCUAUCAGGCAUCAACAUCUGAAUUGUACGGAAAGGUUGUAGAAACUCCACAAAAUGAAACAACUCCAUUUUAUCCAAGAUCUCCUUAUGCUUGCGCUAAAAUGUAUGGAUACUGGAUUGUUAUAAACUAUCGCGAAGCAUAUAACAUCUUCGCUUGCAAUGGUAUUCUCUUCAACCAUGAAUCGCCACGUCGCGGAGAAAAUUUCGUUACAAGAAAAAUAACACGUUCGGUUGCAAAGAUCUUACUAGACCAAUUGGAGUAUUUUGAGUUGGGUAACUUGGAUUCAAAACGUGACUGGGGUCAUGCAAUGGACUAUGUAGAAGCAAUGUGGUUGAUGUUGCAACGUGAUUCCCCAGCCGACUAUGUCAUAGCAACUGGAGAGACACACAGUGUUCGAGAAUUUGUUGAAGCUGCUUUCAAGUUUAUUGGUCGAGAAAUCGUCUGGCAGGGUGAGGGUGUCAACGAAGUUGGCAUUGAAAAGAGUACGGGUACUAUGCGUGUUAAGAUAAAUAGUAAAUAUUUCCGUCCAACUGAAGUUGAUUUGUUGCUGGGCGAUGCCAGUAAAGCAAAACGUGAACUUGGCUGGGAACCAAAGGUCACAUUUUCUCAGUUGGUUGAAGAUAUGAUGAAAGCGGAUAUAGAACUUAUGAAAAAGAAUCCAAUAGCGUAGGGAUAGGAAAUAAAUUAUUAGUAUUGUUUUUUUUUGUAAAAUUUCAGCCGGACAGCACAAAAUAGUUGGUAUAAUGGCAUUUUCUUACGCGACACAUUUCCAUAAUCAAUUUUAGUUUUAUUGAUGCAUUUUUUAUAAUUAUUAACUGUUUUAUUAUUAUUUUAUAUAAGCGUAAAAUAAACAAUAAUUUGUUAUAAGAG